UCUACGAUCCACCCAGUCAGAUAGAAAUACGUUGGAUUUAUACACUGCCCCUGUCGACGAGAUAAACGAGGGAUAAUUUAGCCUAACCCCCUACAUCCUGUCGACGAGAUAAACGAGGGAUAAUUUAGCCUAACCCACUACACCCUGCCGACGAGAUAAACGAGGGAUAAUUUAGCCUAACCCACUACACCCUGCCGACGAGAUAAACGAGGGAUAAUUUAGCCUAACCCCCUACACCCUGUCGGCGAGAUAAACGAGGGAUACUUUAGCUUAAACCCCUACACCCUGUCGACGAGAUAAACGAGGGAUAAUUUAGCCUAAUCCACUACACCCUGUCGACGAGAUAAACGAGGGAUAAUUUUGCCUAAUCCACUACACACUGUCGACGAGAUAAACGAGGGAUAAUUUAGCCUUAAACGAGGGAUAAUUUAGCCUAAUCCACUACACCCUGUCAGCGAGAAAUACGUUGGAUUAAACCCGACUGAUAGUCGUUAUAGAGUGACAAAAACAUGGAGCCAGGAACACUGCAGCUCCCAGUCAUAGACAUGUCAAAGUCUCGGACUCAACGAGACGAGAUGUCUCAAAGCUUGAUUGAUGCCCUUGAAAAUGUAGGCUUUCUGGCAAUAGAUAAUAUUGAAGGACUAGACUUUGACAUUCUACUCAGGAGCUGUAAAUGGUUCUUCAACCAACCAUAUGACAAGAAGAAAUGUUUGUUACGAAAGCAAUGGAACCCGGAAAACACCAACAUGUUCCGGGGGUACUUCCCGGUAAUUGAGGGGGAACCCAGUAGAAAAGAGGGAUUCGAGUUCGGACCUGUGUAUCCAACAAUUGACAGCAACACGACACGUGCGUCAUGGAUCUACGAGGAAAAUGUUUGGCCUGAAGAAGAUGGAAAAUUGCCUUUCAAAUCUGAGCUGACGAAAGCAUUUGAUAUUAUGCAUAAUACCGCCAUGGAAAUCUUGCGACUUACUGCACGUGGGAUUGGAAUAGACGAAAAUGCGUUUAUUGGUUUAUUUGACGAUAAACCACUAACUACGUUCCGUAUGAUCCAUUACCCGACUUGGGAAAGUACCCCACCGGAAGUGUGUCUGCUUGAGGACGGUAAGGUGAUCACCACGCCGGAACAUACAGACACGGGCUUCAUGACAUUACUUACGACCUUUGGCUACAGUGGUUUAGAGGUAAUGACAGCGGAUGGUCGAUGGGCAGCAGUCGCUCCGCGUUCCAAUAGCCUCGUUAUGAACAUCGGUGACGUAUUCUCGCGCAUGCUUGGUGGUCGGUUCCGAGCAACACGGCAUCGUGUAGUUGACAUCGGUGAAGACAGGUUUUCAUUUCCGUUUUUUCUUGAACCUUCCUUUGAUGCAGAUAUCGGGGUUAAUUUCCUGACGAAAUUUACUGGAAGUGGUCCCAAGCACGUCCCCGAGCUGUACGGCCCGUGGGUGUUUCACCAGUACAAAUAUGUGAAGAAACAUUUCGAGUACAGAGUUUUACCAGACGUUUGAAAUGGACCCUGUAUUACACUUACGUGAAUGUGAUUAAGCAUAGACAAUAGUUAAAUCAGAAAACGUACAUAGGUAAUGAUAAAUCAACUAUUUUGUAAUGAUCUCAGAAUACAUUAGAAGACAAAGUGGUGUUCAGUGGUGUUUGAUUACAUCUUUGAUAUGAAUAAAUAAUAACCGUAACU